UGUCCACUGUCCACUGUCCACCGCCACCAUCCACGCCCAUCUCGACUCCCCAUCUCGACUCCUCCUCGCCUCCUUCAUCUUCCGCCUGAGUCCCAGGCACCCGUCCCGUCAUCUUAAGACUCUCCUAGGCUCUGAACCCUCUUCCUUUUACCUCCUCGGAACUCAUUGGAGCAUUAAUCUCGACGUCAGUCAAGUCUCCCUAUCCCUCGUCCAUAGGUCCACAUAAUAUCGCAUCACCUGGCCUCCCAUCUACACUCCUCGUCUUCCCCAUACUCUAUUCCGACCUCCAUAUUCCCCUGCCCGUCCAAGACCACGUAUAUGGUCCCUUCUCCUUAUAUUUCCAUCCUCUUGUCUUCCGCGCCCAACUUCUGUCACCGCACUUCUUCCCCCAUUUCCUCACACUGCGCCCUCCCUAGAGCCUUGUUCUUUUAGCAAGAGAUACAUCUCCAACUCUACCACCACUCCCUAACAUGCUCAUUCGCCGCUCCCACCAUCAAGCCUCUCAUUUACGUCAAUGAGUGACUACUUGCCUUCUUUCAUCGUCGAACCAGUCCUCCGUCAAGCAAGGCGAUUCUCUGAGUCACCUGGGCUGAAUCUGCCUGCUGUUCCUGUACCCGAUUUACAGCGUUGGAACCCAUCCCGCCUCUGGGCCACCUCCCCCUCCUCCGAUCUUGAUGACGACAGCCACCGAGAUUCGCGAGAAGAGUCGACCAUUCAGUCACUGACUAGGACCCUUCAAUUAUGGGCCAGUCAGUUCAACGACCUCGAAACAGAACCCACUCCGCCGCUAGGGCCUAUGGACGACCUAAAUCCUCCUUCUCAUAAUCUUCAAGAUCCUCUUGUUCUGACCGAUUUUCCUCCCUUACCUUCUCCUACUCUCGCCCCCCCUCAAACGCGAAACGAUAGCGAGACCUCCCUCAACCCUGCCCAAGAACUAUCCAAUCGGUCAAGAGCUCACCAUGGUUCGGGUUCUCGACAACAUUCUUCGUCCGACCCUCGCGGUCCUGCCCUGGGCCUGGAAGACUCCCCGUCAACACCCAUGUCUCCUCGCUCGGAUUCCGAGACUGCUCAUCGUUGGAGGGAUGGCUCAGGUCCAAUACCAGAGGAUGAUGGCAUGUUUCCUCUACGGAAACGAAUCACCGCCGUUUGGAAUGGCCCUGGCACUGCUGCCGAAAAAUCGCGACUGGUACAUGGAAUGAUGAUGGAAGGCUACCAACAGCGUCGGUCUGGACGGCCAGUCUCUUCGUCGACAACCACCACCGCACGUGGCUCAUGGCCCGGCCCGGAUACCCCAUCCUCAAUCUUGUCCGGCUCACGAGCAGAGUCCCUCAAUUAUAACCUCUGUCCGGAGGACCUCCUCCCGACCUAUGCACCCAUCGUCGAUCCUCCGCAGGACUAUCAGAUCGCUCAAACUGCUCUCGGCACUUCCAAGCCCGACCUGGGUUGUGUUCACUACAAGCGAAACGUCAAGAUGCAGUGCAACACCUGUCAGAGGUGGUACACCUGCAGAUUGUGCCAUGACGAAGUCGAGGACCACACUUUACCUCGUCGAGAAACAAAGCACAUGUUGUGUAUGUUGUGCAAAUCUCCGCAACCAGUCUCUCAAUUUUGCAAGUCCUGCGACGUCUCUGCUGCCUGCUACUAUUGUUCCAUCUGCAAAUUGUGGAACAACGAUCCCAACAAAUCUAUCUAUCAUUGCGACGAUUGUGGUAUUUGUCGCCUUGGGGAGGGCCUUGGGAAGGAUUUUUUCCAUUGUAAGACAUGCGCUGCAUGCAUGUCGAUACAAGCCGAAAGCACUCACAAGUGCAUUGAAAGGAGUACCAAAUGUGACUGUCCGAUAUGCGGCGACUAUAUGUUCACUUCCAACAAGCCCGUCGCUUUCAUGCGUUGUGGUCAUAGCAUCCACGAGUCCUGCUUUGCCGACUGGUGUAAUACAAGCUACAAAUGCCCCAUCUGCUCCAAAAGCAUUGCCAACAUGGAGAGUCAAUUCCGCAGGCUCGAUCGUCACAUCGAGGAGCAACCCAUGCCCGAGGAGUAUCGCGAUAACCGUGCAUACAUCUUUUGCAAUGAUUGCAACAGUCGGAGCAUUACAAAGUAUCACUGGCUCGGCUUGAAGUGUGCCAUCUGUGAAUCCUACAACACCACACAGCUGGAACUCCUGGGAGCUGAACAAACCCCACAGCUGCAAGAACAGCAGGAACGAGCACAGCAGAGGGGUGUCAGCGAAGCUGCUUUGACUGCGAGCCAAACACACACGCCUACAGGCGAGCUUGUUCAAUCCAUCCCAAGUCCCUCGGUGCUGGCCAUCCCAGGGGCUACAGCACAGUCUGUGCCAAUCAAUGAUUCUGCAGUCAUUCCUGCCACUCCGGUCAAUACCAGCCCAUCGUGGCUCCUGCCUCACUCCCCCUCCACCAGAUCGGCACGAUCAAUUUCACCCGUCGUUGGCAGCUAUUUCGGUACCGGCAAUCGAGAUCUCCCAGGGCCAGCCCAACCUCCGGCUCCUAGAAGAGGUGCUACGCCAUUAGAGGAUGACGAUGACCUCGAUUUCUGGGGUCGUCCGAGUUCGCCCAGCCAGCCAGUUUUCGCCCGGCAAGAGGUUUCCGAAUCUGAUGAGAGCGACUCCAGUGACGAGUUGAUGGAAGAUGAUGGAGAUGAUGAAGAAGAGGAUGCAAUGAACAUUUUUGGACAUCGAUGACAUCGUCGGCAUCAGCACAAUUUCCACCCGUCAGGUACAGACACAAAAUCCCCCAUAGCGUUACCUUGCAUAUCAGGAGGUUGGUCAGGUCAGAGCCGGCAGUUUUUGAUCAGCAUUGUUGUUGGAUCUCAACGUCAUGUGUUGUUUUACAAGCGAACUUGGGGGUAAGAGGAUACUCCUCCGUAUGGGUGCAUCAUGGUCAUCUCAAGCAUAGCGAGGCGCACAACGGCGCCGGUAAAUACGAGUCUAUAUGGGGAGUGCAUUUUGUAUCACAUCAGAACCAAAACAUUGCUGCCAAGUAAGUUAAUCUUUGAAAUUUUGGAAUAUAGUCGAAUUAUGCUACGGCCAAGCUCAAUACACAUCAUCAGCUUCUGCGAUUGUGGCCCCCCCGGAACCAGGAACAAAGG